UUGUUGUUUUUGUGUAUUAUAAUGUUCAUAAAGGAUGGUGUUAUUUAAUAAAAAAGAAAGGCAAGAAAGGCGGAUGUUACUUGCGAGCAUGGAUCAAAUGACCGCUAAUAAACCGGCUGAAAUUGACAAUGCUGCAUUUAACCACGUCAAAGAUAAUAUAACUGAAUUAAAUGGACGAGCCGGAGCAAAUGAAACUGAUCUCAUAUUCUUGAAGGGUCUUAUGGAUAGUUCUGUAUUAAAAUCUCUAGUCAAAGUACAAGAUCGUUUAGAAGACAAACCAAAAGAUAUCGAACCAGUUUGUAUUGGCAACAAAGAAUUAAUACGGGAAAUUACAGCCAAAUGCAUCAAAUCAAAAAAUCGUGACGCCCGUGAAUUAGCAAAUAUAUUAUCAACAGCUCAUUUUCGAGCAUUAGUUGAUACACACGACGAAGUAGCUGAAGAUCGGCUGUCACGUGCAUCGAAUUCAAAUUCAUCCGAACAUAUUACCUCAGAAAUAUUUGAAUUACCAGUCAACGGGAUGCAUGCAGACGCAAUUCGUAUGGUUGGGUUACGUAAGAACCCAAAUGAACCGUUAGGAUUAACUGUACAAGUGGAUGACCAAAACAAUUUAGUAAUUGCUCGAAUAUUGGGUGGUGGUAUGAUCGAUCGACAAGGUUUAUUACAUGUCGGUGAUGUUAUUUUGGAAGUAAAUGGCGUGCCUGUAUAUACACCAGAAGAGUUGGCUUCAGAAAUCGGUAGCGCAAAAGAGUCUGUUACAUUGAAAAUUGGACCAAGUGUUGAAGAAACUGUUCAACAUGGAUCAACUACCCAGGUAACCAAUGGUACUUCUUCUAAUGGGGUCGUUAAGAAAUUGACGUGUUAUAUGCGAGCUUUAUUCGACUAUGAUCCAACCACUGAUACACUUCUACCGUGUAGAGAAAUUGGAUUACCUUUUGAAAAAGGAGAUAUCCUACAAAUUGUAGAUACAAAAGAUCCUAAUUGGUGGCAAGCAAAAAAAAUUAAUGGUGAUGGAUUAGCAGGUUUAAUUCCAUCGCAAGAAUUAGAAGAACGUCGAAAGGCAUUUGUUGCACCCGAAGCAGAUUAUGUACAUAAAAUUAGUAUCUGUGGUGCACGUAUAUCACGCAAAAAGAAGAAAACGUUAUACCAAUCGAAAAAUAAUGGUGAAUUUGAUAAGGCAGAAUUAAUUUUAUAUGAAGAAGUCACCAGAAUGCCACCAUUUAAACGAAAAACUUUAGUAUUUAUUGGUCCACAAGGCGUUGGACGGCGUACAUUGAAAAAUAGAUUAAUUAACAGUGACCCCGACAAAUUUGCAGCAGUAGUACCUUACACAUCACGACCACCUCGCGUACUAGAAGAAAAUGGAAAAAGUUAUUGGUUUUCUGAACGUGAAGCUAUGGAGACCGAGAUUAGAAAUCAUAAAUUUUUAGAAUAUGGUGAACAUAAUGGACAUUUAUACGGAACACAUUUAGAUACAAUUCGUGACGUAAUUCGUCAGGGUAAAAUGUGUGUACUCGAUUGUAGUCCAGGUGCACUCAAAAUAUUACAUAAUAGUACUGAAUUCAUGCCGUAUGUGAUAUUUAUUGCUGCACCUGGUAUGGAACAAUUGAAAGGUUUAUACGAUGGUGCUCGUACUGGAAAUUAUUCAAGUAAAAAUUUAACGUUUGAUAGACAAAGUUCCAUCAGGUUUAGUUCACGAAGAGCCAGAACACUGGAAUCCCUUGCGUCUUUAUACGAGGAAGAAGAUUUACGUAAAACGUUAGAAGAAAGCGCUUGUUUACAACGUACAUAUGGGCAAUACGUUGAUGAAGUUAUAACGAACGAAGAUUUCGAUAUUACAUUCCGUAAAGUAUUAGAUGCGUUGGAAGCAUUACAGACCGAACACCAAUGGGUACCUGUAAAUUGGAUUUAUUAAAAUAAAAUUUAGAUAAAAAAUAAAUUACAAAAUUCUAAAUGUGUGCU